CGGCCCCAAACCGCGCCGACCGGGAGCGAGGGAGCCGGCGGCCGCAGUGCGGCGGGGGCCCGGCGCCCCACCCGGUAAGUCCCCAUCGCAUCGGGGGGGAAGCCCGGACUCCGCCGCGCUUAGCACAGCGCCCUGCACACCGGGAGCGCUCCGUCAAUCCGACCGACCGACCGACCGGGGACCGUCGGGGCCGGCGUCGUCCCUUCCCUCCCUCCCUUUCUCGUCCCUCCCGCAGCCGAGGUCAGAGGUGACACCGGGUGACCGUCGUCGUCGUCUAAGUCGUCUUCGUCGUCGUCGUGACCGUCGCCGCCGCCCCGGCCGGUCCCUCCGGGCACCAUGGGCACCGUCCUGUCCCUGUCGCCCAGCUACCGGAAAGCCCCGCUGCUGGAGGACGGGGCGGCCCCGGCGGGCGGCCACUACACCGCCGUGCAGAACAGCAAGAACGCCAAGGACAAGGCCCUGAAGCGGCCCUCGCUCAUCUCCGUGCUGCCCUGGAAGCGGAUCGUGGCCGCCUCGGCCAAGAAGAAGGCCUCCAAGAAGGCGGCGCCGCCGCCGCACGCGGCCUACCACCACCACCACCACCACCCGCACCACCCGCCGCCGCCGCCGCCGCCGCCCGACGUCGCCCACCUCAACCAUGACAACCUGAAGAAGUCCCUGUCGUGCGCCAACCUGUCGGCGGCCUUCGCCCCUCCGGCCCCGCCGCCCCCGCCGCCCCCGCCGGCCUCCUCGUCGCGGGCCUCGUCGCGGGCCUCCUCGCAGGCCUCGCCGCCGGCCUCGGCCGGCCGGGCCCCGGCCUCGACGCCCAAGAGGGUGGUGGUCCAGGCGUCCACCAGCGAGCUGCUGCGCUGCCUGGGCGAGUUCCUCUGCCGCCGCUGCUUCCGCCUGAAGCACCUGUCCCCCACGGACCCCGUCCUCUGGCUGCGCAGCGUCGACCGGGCCCUGCUGCUGCAGGGCUGGCAGGACCAGGGCUUCGUCACCCCCGCCAACGUGGUCUUCCUCUACAUGCUCUGCCGGGACGUGGUCUCCUCCGAGCUGGCCGCCGACCACGAGCUGCAGGCCGUCCUGCUCACCUGCCUCUAUCUCUCCUACUCCUACAUGGGCAACGAGAUCUCCUACCCGCUCAAGCCCUUCCUGGUGGAGACCUGCAAGGAGGCCUUCUGGGACCGCUGCCUCUCCAUCAUCCACCUCAUGAGCCCCAAGAUGCUGCAGAUCAACGCCGACCCGCACUACUUCACCCAGGUCUUCGCCGACCUGAAGAACGAGUGCCACCGGGAGGACAGGAACAAGCUCCUCACCGGCCUGGACCGGUGAACUCUGACCCCGCCCCGCCC